AGAGCUUUCCACACACUGAGCUUUUACAUCACUUCCUCUUUCCGUCUCUUUUAUUAACGAUAUUAAUCAUGUGCAGAGGCUCCAGUUCAGCCAAAAGAACAGCUCUCUCGAGCGUGUGUUUGGAGCAGAAUGUCGGUCCUGUCCCACACCAUCAGUCAGAUCACAGAAGAGCUGAGCACAGACGAGUGCAAGCGCCUCUCGUACCUGUGUGGAGAUCUGGACCCCGACUGCUUCUCUGCGGACCCCAGAGGAACCCUACACACACUGCUGAGCCAGACGCGGGUGGACGGCGUGUUCCUGAUGGAGCUGGUCCUGAAGAUCAAGCGCUACGAUCUGCUGAGAGAAGUGCUGAGCACCAGCAAGAGCUCGGUCGAGGGCAUGCUGAGGACGCGCCAGGCCGUGCCGGAGUACAGGUCGCUGAUGGCUGACGUCAGCGAGGACAUGGACGCCGAGGACCUGAAGUCAUUGUCUUUCUUACUCAGAGGCACGUUACCCAAACAGAAGCUGGAGAACGUCCAGAGUUUCUUAGACAUCGUAGUGGAGUUGGAGAAACUGGACCAGCUCUCGAGUGAGAAGACGGGCUUUAUUGAAGAUUGUCUGAGGUCCAUUCACCGGACGGAUCUGGCCAGGAAGAUCAGCCGCUUCCAGCACACAGCUGUGAUGGCCAAUCCAGAAGUGUGUCCUCCAGAGCGUGCUCAACACUUCAGACCGCCAGCGGCACACACCUCGUCGGGUUUCUCAUCAGGUUUCUCAUUGGGUUCCUGUAAAGGGUGGCAGACUCACAAAUUCUGUGAUACGCAGACUCCAGUGAAGAAGGAAGCGGCCCGGUCCAGCUCCGGCUCCGGCUGCCAGGAGGAGGUGUACAGGAUGACGGACCCCAUAGGAGUGUGUUUAAUCAUAGACUGUGUCGGCACUGAAGGAGACGAUCUGGAGCAGGCGUUCCUGGCGCUGCGCUUCAGUGUGACGCUGCACCGGCUGCUGAGCGAGCGCGAGCUGGAGUCCACGCUGAGGGCCGUGUCGCGUCAGCAGGAGCUCCACACGGCGGGUGUGUUCGUCUGCUGCAUCAUCAGCCGGAGCCGCUCCUCUCUCCUGCUGGCCACCGACCCGCUGGCUCCGGGACUGAGCCUGGACGCCCUCAGGACACUCUUCACCCCGCGCUCCUGCCCCGGCCUGGCCGGCAAGCCCAAACUCUUCUUCAUCCAGAGCUACGAGGAGUGCGAGGCGUGUGUGGGGCCGGGGGACGGAGAGCUGGAGACCGACGGGCCGGUGUCCUCGUGCCGGUCCAGGGCGGUGCCGGAGGACGCUGAUGUGUUCUGGAGCCACUGCUGGACUGACGGACACCAGCUGGAGACGCCCGGCCACCGGUCCGUGUACCUGCAGGCCCUCAGAGCCGCCCUGACCGACACACGCAAGAGGGCUCAUCUGAUAGACAUGCACACGGCGGUGAAUCGGGCCGUUUAUGAACACAAUCGCAGAUCUGCUGAAUCAUCAUACACAAUCAAUCUGAGACACACUCUCAGGAAGACUCUGUAUCUGUCAUGAACCCUCACGUUCAAGUGAAGGAGGAUUACGCCUGAUCAUCUGAGGUUUAAUGAUUAUCGUGAUAAUGAUGUUGAUAUGAAUUGUAUCAAUUAUGAUGCGAGUAUUCAGUGAAUAUGUCUCAGGUUGUGUGACUGACUGUAGUUUGCUAUGUUGUCCACACGUGGGCAGUGUCACACUUGUGUUAACUUUUGUUAAACUGCUAAUCAGUUGAGAUGUUUUAAAAUAUACUUAUUUAAAUGAUUUAAUUGAAUGGAUUAUGUUUGAAUUGGUAAAUGUCCUAACUUUUAGGACAUUUGUCCUAAUUUGAACACUGAUUAGAAACACUCAUGAUCAAAAUUUCACCGUUUAUGACCAAGAAACCUGGGAUUUUAUUACUUAUAUGUGAAUGUUUACAUUGUUAUAUGUUGCUAUUAUAUAAGAUGUCAAUAUUUUAUUAGUGUUAUUUAUUGUCAUAAAGAAAAUAUACCAACU